AUGGGUCCAAAAAAGAAGGCAAAGACUACCAUACCACACUUGAGAAGACAAUCUACUAGACUACAAGCUGUCCAUAGCGAGACACAAUCUGAUAGAGCGGCCCAUUUAUUACCCUCUGUCGAUGGGCCACCCCUUUCCAUUAAUAGGAUGGUGGAGUCAUCACCAUCUAUAGAUUGUCCUUCACAACCAUCAUUAUCUUCACAGCAAGAGACCCAACCUUCUCCAUCUAGCCAAAUGGGAGGACAACUAUCCACACAUACGGAGAUGAGAAGAGAGACCGAGCCAUGCACAUCUGUACCAGUAGCACCUAGUUUAGAAGCAGAAAAUGUCAACUUGUGUUUCGACAUUGGAGAUCGCUUCGUCGUCGUCGUAGAUAGUAAUGGCGAUCGAGUAAAGAGACAAUUGCACUCGAUUCCUGAUAUUUGGCAUCUUCCAGAAGGGGAGCGCAUUGAAAUGGAGAUUAAUCUUCUUGGUCAACCUAUAAAAAAGCAAGACUCAAAGGUGGUAAGGUUUGGUGGUCUGAUAGCGAGAAGUAAUAAGUUGGUUCCAAUAAUUUACAAAGAUUGGAGGUCGGUGCCUAAUACCGUGAAGGAGGAAGCGUGGGGUCUUAUAAAAGGCAAGUUUAAAGUUCCCGAUGACAAAUUGGAUGUAUUCAAAAAAUGGAUACUAAAGGACUUGGGGAAGAAAUGGAAAGACUACAAGCAUGAGUUGAAGAAAAAGUUACUUAAUGAAAAAGACACCUCUGCAGCACAAGUUGUGGCAAGGGCAAGUCCCGAUAUGGUGGACUUAGAGCAACUGGCAGAGUUGGCUAAUCUUUGGUUCGAUCCAGAAUAUAUGUCAAAAUGUAAUAAAAACAAGGAAUGUCGUAAGAAGCAGGUGAUUGUUCACAGUGGAGGAUCAAAAAGUUGA